GGCCGGCGGCGCCCGGAGUGCUGGCGGGCGGCGGGGCCGGACAUGGCGGCGCGGCCCGGCCCGCGGGAAGAUGAAUAAGGGCUGGCUGGAGCUGGAGAGCGACCCCGGUCUCUUCACUCUGUUGGUCGAAGAUUUUGGGGUCAAGGGAGUGCAGGUUGAAGAGAUCUAUGAUCUGCAGAGCAAAUGCCAAGGCCCUGUGUAUGGGUUCAUCUUCCUAUUCAAGUGGAUUGAGGAGCGCAGAUCCCGCCGGAAGGUCUCUACCCUGGUGGAUGAGACAUCGGUGAUCGAUGAUGACAUCGUUAAUAACAUGUUCUUUGCUCACCAGCUGAUCCCUAAUUCCUGUGCCACCCACGCCCUGUUGAGUGUCCUCCUGAACUGCAACAAUGUCGAUCUGGGCCCCACGCUGAGCCGCAUGAAGGAUUUCACCAAAGGAUUCAGCCCUGAGAGUAAAGGCUAUGCUAUUGGGAAUGCCCCAGAGCUGGCCAAGGCCCACAACAGCCAUGCCAGGCCGGAGCCGCGGCACCUGCCGGAAAAGCAGAAUGGGAUCAGCGCUGUGCGAACCAUGGAGGCUUUUCAUUUUGUCAGUUAUGUCCCCAUCAAGGGACGUCUGUUUGAGCUAGAUGGACUCAAGGUUUAUCCCAUUGACCAUGGGCCUUGGGCUGAUGAUGAAGAAUGGACAGAUAAAGCUAGGAGAGUAAUCAUGGAACGAAUCGGCCUGGCCACUGCAGGGGAGCCAUACCAUGACAUCCGCUUCAACUUGAUGGCAGUGGUGCCUGAUCGGAGGAUGAAGUAUGAGUCCAAACUCCACAUCCUGAAGAUGAACCGCCAGACUGUGCUGGAGGCAUUGCAGCAGCUUAUCCGAGUAACUCAGCCAGAGCUGAUCCAGACGCAGAAGUCCCAGGAGUCUCAGCCUCCCGAAGAGUCCAAGCCAGCCAGCAGCAAGACCGUGGCUCCAGAGAGCACCCAUCCAGACAGCACCGACGAGCCCAGCGGCCAGGGUCACCCUGCAGCCACGCAGAGCCCCUCCAACAAAUCCAAACCGGUGGCAAAGACGUCAGUGAGCAGCAUCAACGGGGCACCUCCAACAAACCCCAAUCCCAUCGUGCAGCGGCUGCCAGCCUUUCUGGAUAAUCACAAUUACGCCAAAUCACCCAUGCAGGAGGAGGAGGACCUUGCGGCCGGAGUGGGUCGUAGCCGAGUCCCGGUCCGACAGCACCAGCAGUACUCAGACGAUGAGGAUGACUACGAUGAUGAUGAGGAGGAGGAAGUUCGUAACACCAACUCGGCCAUCAGGUACAAGAGGAAAGGGCAGGUAAAGCAAGAGCAUGUGGCGGCAUCUGCAGAUGGCCAGCUUUCAGUCCUCCAGCCCAACACCAUCAACGUUCUGGCUGAGAAGCUGAAGGAAUCUCAAAAGGACCUUUCCAUCCCCCUGUCCAUCAAGACAAGCAGCGGGGGUGCUGCUGUGGCUGUUGUCACCCAUUCCCAGCCUUCUCCCACCCCUAGUAAUGAGAGCACGGACACAGCCUCGGAGAUCGGCAGUGCCUUCAACUCCCCACUGCGCUCCCCCAUCCGCUCAGCCAACCCCACCCGCCCCUCCAGCCCUGUCACCUCCCACAUCUCCAAGGUGCUCUUUGGCGAGGAGGACGGCCUGCUGCGUGUGGACUGUAUGCGCUACAAUCGCGCUGUCAGGGACUUGGGACCCAUCAUCAGCACUGGACUGCUGCAUCUCACGGAGGACGGUGUGUUCUGCCCGCUGGCUGUUGCAGAUGGGGGAAAAAGUUCCCCCCCUUCCAUCAAACCCAGUGAAGAGGUCCAGGUCGCUAUCAAACUGGAAGAGAAGGAGGGCAGUGAGGCCAGUGACAGCAAAGAGAAGGUGGGACUUGGCAGGACCAGUGAUCACCCUGGGGGGGAAAAGUAUUCUCCCAAGGAGCUGCUGGCACUGCUGAAGUGUGUGGAGGCAGAGAUUGCAAACUAUGAGGCCUGCCUGAAGGAGGAGGUGGAGAAGAGGAAGAAAUUCAAGAUUGAUGACCAGAGAAGAACCCACAACUACGAUGAGUUCAUCUGUACCUUCAUCUCCAUGCUGGCCCAGGAAGGCAUGCUGGCAAGCCUCGUAGAACAGAACAUCUCCGUCCGCAGGAGGCAGGGAGUCAGCAUUGGACGUCUCCACAAGCAGAGGAAGCCGGACCGCCGGAAACGCUCCCGUCCGUAUAAAGCCAAGCGCCAGUAGCCUUGGAGUCAGGACUGUGAGAAGAAGCUGGGCCCUGUGGCUUUGGGCAGUGACUCUUGGAUAGAUGUUACCCUUUGCCCAAGGAAGAGGGACCCCAGUGAGAAGCCCUUGGCUGGAUCCUCACUGCUCGCACCCUUAGUGUUAUAUAAAGGUGGAGCCUAAGGGCAAACAGAAAUUGGGUUUUCCUCUGAGCCCAAGUUGCAAAAGGCAAAAAUGCCUUGUCCUAAGGGGAGUCCCUGUAGCUGCAGCAAAAAGCAGCCCUGAGUGCCAGCUGCCUGACUGCCACAGCCACGUGCGGAUACUGUGGACCCGUGUCUCAGCGCCCUGGCUGAGGACUGCAGCAGGAGGGGAGGAGCCCACCUGGCUGAUGAUGGACCUGGCGUUGUGGGAAUCACGGUGAUGCUGACACAGGGCUGUGCUGGCCGCAGCUGGCUGUGGCUUGUGUCCUUUGGUGUCCAGGCCUUCAGCUCUGCGCUUCCCCAGGACGUUCAAGUCUCUCUUUUCUAUUCCUCUCCUUCCCUUUACAAAGUUUAUCUUCUGGUUGUGACAUGCUUUGGCUGCUGCUGAGCACGGCGGCUCCUGGGCAGAGCCCAUUCUCCAGCACUGCUGCCCUGCGUCCGCCUGCCUCUGCAGUGCCGAGUUCCCAGAGCGGGCUGGUACGUGGCCAGGCAGGAGGUAGGGCUCCCCUCUGGGCCCUGGUGGCUGUCACCGGGUGGGCGCACGUUGGCUCUUCCUUGGAGCUGACCUUGAGUACAGCCCUUUGUGGUGGCACUGGAGGGGGGCGCGUGGCUCUGCUUCCACGGCUGCUCUCCUAGGGACCAGACCUGUGGCUCCGGCAAUGCCUUUGGGUGAUGCGGGGUUGCUGCAAGCCCAGAGAAACCUAGCAAAUAAGGAACAGACCAAGCAGGGGAAUGGCUGCGAGAUGGGGCUGCAGCUGCUGUCUCCAGACUUUGAAGGCAAUGAGCCAGAUCGUUCACAUGUGUCCUUGGUGCUGCUAGGCCUGGCUCUGGGGUGGAAGCUGGACUUUAAGUUGGUUGGUGCUCUUGGCAGAGCCUUUCAGUGUGGGGAGAGGUGACAGCGGUGGCUGUAAAGCACAAGGCAUCGCUGAAUGACGGGGACUGCAGCCCCAGGCAGGCAGAAGCAGUGGGAAGAGUCCAAAGCUGCUCUUGCUGCCUGAGCCACUCUUAGGCUGCAAGCUGAGAGCUUUCUGGUGUGGGCACCACCCCAUUCCAUACCGUAACACGCUCUCCUGGCUGCCCCUCGCCCGCGGCCUCCUACCUCCCCUGUUAGCACUUCUGCAAAUGGUUUUCUCCUCCCUCUCUCCUGCAGCCUGACAGAAAGGCGAGAAGCCUGAGGGUGGUACCUCUCUCCGAUGGUGUCCUGAGGUGUAGGGGGAAGGAACGGCUGUGACCAUGGGAGAAGGGCAACAGCCGCGGGAGAGGACAGAAUUUGCCAAAUGUGCAGAUUUGUACAGAUCUUGACUGUGGAAUGAAACUGUCUUUCUUGAUAUUUGUUGAAGGGAAGAAAAUCCUUGUCUCUUGCUGUGUCUAAUAUCAAGUGCUGUAAAUAGUGGAUCUGUCUGAAAGAAUAAAGCUAUCCUGUAACAGCCAUCCAGGGGAGAAGUGUGUGAGGGAAGGGAAGGGUGCGUGUGUGCUGCUGGGGGCACAAGGUGCCUGCUCCGGGCAGCAGGCAUGUUAGAUCCACGCACCUGAGCAAUGAGCACAUUGGCUCUAGAGCCCUGCUUGUUUCUGGCACGUUGGCAACUCUUGUGUGGUGUUAAAAACUUGGCAUAAUUGUGGGAAAAAUACAAUAGAUGAAUGUGA